AUGAAAAACCACCGUGACACUAAACACAUAAGUUUUACACUUGUAAAAUUUGUGGUGUCCUUUUUGUUAAUCCACAUUUGUGCCAUUAGUGUAAGAAAAAAUGUAAAAAAAAGUAGAAUCAUUAUGCACCAAAAUGACAAUAGUGAAAUACCAAUAGAAAAAGUAGUCCCUUACUUUUCGGAGGAGACAAGCAUGUUCGAAAAUUACAUGGUGAAAAAGGUAAGCCAUCAAGAAAAUAUAUGUAUAAACUCAAUUCGAAGUAAUAAAAACUUAAAUGCAUCCAUGGAACAAAUGAUAAAGUUAGAAAAUCAGACACAUGCUAUAGAAGUGGGGAACAAGAGAAACAUUUAUGGCUACACAAAUAAUCUUUUACGAGAUGGAAACUAUCAACUGUCUAAUAUCGCAUUAACAUUUAAGGUACCUAUAAAUCAUGAAAUGUGUGAAUUUAAUUCCUUUAAUAAUUACAUUCUUUAUGUUAAUUAUUUGAAGAGUGUAAGUUUUGAAGAAAUCAAAACCAAGUUACAAAAAGGCGUUUUUAUAUUAAUAAAAUUACCUGAGGGUUACGACUUAAAUAAAUCCGUGGCUGCAUUUAUGGGGGAUAAAUAUUCUUUGUCAACAGGCACACUAGAAAAUGAUUACAUAAAAAUUAAUAUUUCAAAUGCCAUUCAGUAUAACAUAUGUCAGAAAGAAAACCACAACGAGGCGAACAAAUCGGCUGAGGCCAAUGAGGGUGACAAAGUGGAUACGUACGUUCUUGGGAAGAGCGUCGAAUUUGUUCUUUUUACUUCGCACGAGUUGAGUGAUAUUAUUUUGUUUUCACCAGAAAUAAAGGACCCGCAGUUUCUACAUAAUUAUAAAAAUAUGAGGAAUAUUGUGAAGCUUAAGAAAAAACUAAAAGAGAAGCUCACCCAAUGGGAGGAGUGGUCUCCAUGCUACAGCGUGUGCAGCGACGAUUUUUCAUACAGUUGCAGGCGGAACAAAUGCCUGGAGGAAGAUGCAGACUUUUGCGAUAGGUAUUUUAACCUCAAAUUUCGGAAAUGUCAAUCGGCUGCUUGCCAAGUCUUGCUAAAAGAAAAAGUUAAUGAAGUCCCAAAAGAAGCUGUCCAGGAAGGUGAAAAGAAGGAGGACAAAGCUGAGGAAGUAAAGGAUAAAAAGGUUGAUGCGGGUGCUGAUGCCGAGGCUGAUGCCGCCACCGCACCUGCUAAUGCUGAGGUGAAGGAAGCGGAAAAGACACAGGUACAGGUGGAGAACCAUGCAUCAGCAGAGGAGGAGGAUGGUUAUUUAGACGCACUAAGGUUUAGACGACGAAAGGAAAAGAAAGUGAACUUCUUUAUGUGGAUAAUGAAUAGUAAAAAUAAGACAACAAUGAACAUGGAACAUGGGUGUACAAGCGCGAACAGCAUCGUUGUGGAAACAUGCUCAGUGGGAUUACAAAGCGACAAUCAUACGCACACACCAUUGUAUAAUGUAAGCCUACACAAGAAUGCAUAUAAAAAAAUGGCACUCGGAUUAGUCUUAUUUUUACUGGGAGCUAUAAUUUUCGGAUGCAUAUAUUGCUAUGUAAGCUCCAAUCUAGGAUUUCAUAAUGAUGAGGAAUAUUGUGUGUCAAAGUACAGACCUCAGGCGAUGAAUUAA